GACCGAGUACGUCAGCCACAUUUUUUGCUAGAUCACAAUAUUCACAAAUCACAGGUAUUCUAAAAGUGUUAAAAGUCUCUUUAGAGUUUUUACUCAAGAACACUAUUGUGUUCUUCAUUCGGCUGAAAAUAGGAUUGUGAAAAGUGACUCAGUUCAUUCGUGAGUUUUUUUUAUGAGUGUUCAGCUGUAAUAUGCCAUUUUUCAACAUUCAUGCCGUUGUGGACCUUGUUUGCGAAAACCGAUGUGUCUUAUGAAAAAGACCAACCAACCGAUUUAUGUGAAAACCAAAUUUCUAAGAAAUAAACAAUGAAUUACUUUGUUCUUACCGGGGACCCAGGUGUCGGAAAGACUACUCUAACAAAGAAACUUUGUUCUUCAUUAAACAAAAACGACAUUAAAACUGUUGGUUUUAUAACUGAAGAAGUGAGGAGAAACAGGGUUAGAGAGGGGUUCGAUAUUGUCGCCUUAAAUGGGCUGAGAGGCAGAUUAGCCAGAGAUCAGUCUUUACUCGAUGUACCUACAAAAUAUGCAGUUGGAAAAUAUGGUGUCCUAAUUGAAGAGUUCGAAAGUAUUGCUUUGCAAUCAUUGCACAAUGUGGAUGUCCCAAAAACAUGUUUAAUUAUAGAUGAAAUUGGAAAAAUGGAAUUAUUCAGUGUGGCAUUCAAAAAUAAAGUUAAAGAAAUCUUUAGUAAUAAUAAAUAUAUUGUUGUAGCAACUAUUCCAAGCAGAAAGAGUGAUGCACUUAUUGAAUCUAUCAGAUGCAGAUCCAAAGUAUGGACGGUGACUCGAGAAAACAGAAACAAUUUACAUGAAGAGAUAAUGAAAGAAAUCACCAGCUGUUUUAGCAAUAGCAACUAAGUUUCAGGUGAUUUAUAUAAGAAAUAGGAUGUACAACAUUAUUAUGUCAGUCAGAUCUUGAGUGGUGUCAUGUACAGCACAGAAGUCGAAAAUUGCUGUUGGUGCAGGGCAUGCAAGUGCAUAAUUGACAGUCUGCAUAGCUGCACUUCAAUUUCAAUACAAAUUUAUUCAUUUGGAAUUCCCUUUGAUGCCAGUUAAGUGCUUAGUGUAACAAUAGCCAGUUGCCUCAACAAAAAGGUCCAGUUUACGGUUGCCGGGAUUCUAAAUGAAACUUUGAAUCAUGAUCAACAGUCAGUGUCAUUAUGGAUCUUAAAGAAGCAGGUUGAGCAUGACUGAAGCUGUGAAACUGUUCGAAUGAAGGGGAUAUACAUGAUUGCCAAUACCAGCAACUACUACAAAUUUGAUAAUUGCCAGUUGAGGCAUUUUGAAACUGGUUUUACGAUCAAGGAUGCAGUAACUGAAACUGUUGCCAAUCAUCGAGUCGCUAUAUCGAGAGCUAUAUACAAAAAUCAAUCAAUAAUAAUUAUCAGCUAUAGAUCGUCUUAUCUUCUCUGCCACUCCUUUGGAAACAAUUGGCGUUUUAAGACAAAAUAAACUCUCCCAACAAUA